AUGGCGCACUUGGCAGGACCCUCUUCUGGAGGUGUUCCUUGGCACUUUCAUCCGGUGAGCGGGCGCGAGAGAGGGAGAGCGUGCGAGGGGGGAGAGCGCGCGAGAGGGAGGCAGAAAGUGCGAGAGGGAGAGCGUGCGAGAGGGAUGGAGAGCGUGGGAGAGGGUUAGGAGACACCACCGCUCACGCUCACACUCACGCUCACGCUCACGCCCACGCCCACGCUCCUCCACAGCGAAUAUUGAGCCACAUUGGCAACAAUUUCACUGUCCAUCAGCUCAAAGAAAGCCUGAGGGACUUGGGCUUGCGCAUCUCGGGCAACAAGCCAGAGCUGCACAAUAGGCUUCGCGACGCCAUACAGGAUUACCACCAUCGAGGGGAUGCUGCCAGGUGGGAAAUGGCAAGACGCGUAGUCGCCUCUCUGACGACAAAUGGCCCGUUCGACUGGAUGAAGGAUAUUCAGAAUGCUCCCGUCAAGCAGCCGGCUGCUCCUGGGCAUAGUGGCGGUGCACCGGCGCCGUCCAACGUCGCGGCGAGUGCCACGCGCAGCGCACCAUCGACGCAGCCGAAUUUCAAAGCCUCGCCGUUCUAUCGCAUUCACGAGUGGGCAUCCGCGUCUACAUUGUUGCUGCCGUGCACACCCUCGGAAGGCAGAAAGGCGGCAUUGCUGAGGAUGAACGUCAGAGCAGAUCACGCGCAACUGGUCAAGGAUCAGCCGGACAAGUACAAGUAUCGGCUAUUCAUCGCACCGAAACCCGCAUGGGAUGCUUCCGCUUCUCGAACAGGCGCAGCGCAUCCAUGCUUUAUCGAUUUCCCAUUUGGCUCGGAGCUGUUUGUCAAUUCCACCAAGUAUGCAGGUGCGCUCAAGGGCAGCAAGAAGCAUGCGGGCAGGGUGCCACCGCCGGAUCUCAGCAAGGGCUUGCUGUUCAUGGAUCCCAACAAGCCGAAUUCCAUCGAGGUGCGGUAUCAGACGGAUAGGUCGGGCAAUUAUGCACCCACUUCGCAUGCCAUGGCCAUUGCCCUGUGUAGGGUCACCUCGGCAGAAGAGUUGGCAGCGAAUCUAGCCAAGGAAAGAACGUACAGCAAGGAAAAGGUCAUUGCUGGAAUGAAGCGAGCGGCAGACGACGACGAGAUCGAAGCGGGUGCGCAAACCUUUAGGUUCAAAUGCCCGCUCAGCUACAUGACCAUCAAGACUCCUGCGAGAGCGACGACGUGUCCGCACGUGCAGACGUUUGAUGCUGGCGCGUUUUACAGUCUCAAUGAGACGUCGCCCGUGUGGCAGUGUCCCGUGUGUUCCAGCGAUAUCCGUCACGAGGAUCUGUUUGUCGAUGGGUGAGUGUGGUCGCGCCAACGAGAGCCACCGAGUCGCUCGAGCCACCGAGUCGCGAUCGAGCCACCGAGUCGCGCUCGAGCCACCGAGUCGCGCGCUCCAGCUCACACUUGCACCGCCGUCUCGACAGUUUUUGCAAGGACAUUUUGGAGCGCGUACCGGAAUCUGCAGAGCGCGUACUCAUCGAGCCGGAUGGCAAGUGGAGGACGGAAGAUGGCAGGAUUACAUCGACGUCGACGGAAGCGGAUUUGAAGCCUGCUGCGGAGGAACCACAUUCUGGCGUCGUCCAACGCAAUGGCAGCAGAGACACGCCAUCGAGCACAUCGACGAGGAAGCGACAGCGCACGCCAGACGUCAUGGUGCUGGAUGAUUCGCCCGAGCUUGCCGCUUCUGCGCACGAGGUCGCCGCUUCUGCGCAUGGAGUCGCCGCUUCUGCCCACAUUAUCGAUCUGACGCUCGAUUCGGACGACGACGACGAUCGACCUCUAUCUGCCACCGUACGUCCACCACCUGCGCGAGCUCGACAGUCGUCGGACACGCCACUUGCGAGCGGCAGCGGAAUCGCAAACGCAAACGCGAUCGCGCACGCGCACGCGCCGACACCACGUCUUGCUGCUCCUUUGCGACCCGCUGCGCUUCCCCAGCAUUUGGCGAGGCAGGUCAACGCUGCGGGCAGGUCGUUGCCGCGCCACGAGAGCAGCGCAAUGUCGAGUGCUUCGAACGGCGUGCACGACGAUGCGGGACCGAGCGCGGGCACGAUGGCAAGCAAUCCACCGGAAGAAGACGAGGAACCGUUGAGAGCGGGCAAGCGACAGAAACCAAACGGUAGCGGAAAUGCCAACUUGACUGCAGACGAUUCGAUGGAAUUGAGCAUACGUGGGAGGGCAGCAGCUCGUUCUGAGGCCUCCGCCACCGCCGCCGCCGCCGCCGAUAGCAGCGCAACCGGAUCUUUUCAUUCUGCGAGGUCAUGGGACGCUACUGGUGCGACAAACUAUCCAUUAG